AUGGGCCCCAACCUGCUCUUGCUGCUGCUCCUGGGACUAGAAGGUCCGGGCUUCACUGGCAGCCUCCCUGAAGUGCUGCAGGCACCCGUGGGGAGUUCCAUUCUGGUGCAAUGUCACUACCGACUCCAGGAUGUCAAGGCUCGGAAGGUGUGGUGCCGGUUCUUGCCAGAUGGGUGUCAGCCCCUGGUGUCCUCAGCUGUGGAUCGCAGCGCCCCAGGGGACAAGCGCACAUUUCUCACUGACCUGGGAGGGGGCCUGCUGCAGGUGGAAAUGAUUACCCUGCAGGAGGAGGAUGCCGGGGAGUACGGCUGUGUGGUGGAGGGAGCCAUGGGGCCCCAGACUCUGCACAGAGUCUCUCUGGAGGUGCUCCCCGCAGAGGAGGAGGAAAAGGAGACCCACAAGAUUGGCAGUCUAGCUGAGGACCCGUCGUCCUCAGAUCCUGCAGGCAGUGCCAGCCCUUUGGAACCCAGCCAGAAUGAGAAGAGCAUCCCCUUGAUCUGGGGUGCUGUGCUCCUGCUGGGCCUGUUGGUGGCAGCGGUGGUGCUGUUUGUUCUGUUGGCCAAAAGGAAAGGGAACAGGCUUGGUGUCAACCGAUUCCAGAACAGCAGAGUUUCAGGCAUGGAACCCUCCCCAGUGGUCCACCACAUCAGUGACUCUGGACUAGCUACUGAAUUGCCUUUGGAUGCACCAUAUGUUAGGCUUGACUCGCCACCUUCCUUCGACAACACCACCUACACCAGCCUACCUCUUGAUCCCCCAUCAGGGAAACCUUCACCCCCAGCCCCAUCCGCAUUACCCCCUCUGCCUCCUAAGGUCACAAUCUGCUCCAAGCCUGUGACAUAUGCCACAGUCAUCUUUCCGGGAGGAAAGAAGGGUGGAGAAGGCUCCUGUGUGUCAGUCCAGGAUCUACCUAACAAUCAGAUUCCACCCAGCUAA